CUAUCGAAUAAACCAUUUCGAAGUUUGAUGCUCGAACUUUCAGAGUCCAAAAUGUCGUUAUUUGCGUGCACUUUGUGUCACAGUCGUCACCCAUUUGAGGAACUUUCAAAAGGCGAUCAACUUUGCAAGAAAUGUCGCAAGGCCCAUCCUCUUGUAACAUGUAUUUAUUGUCGCAUGGAGUUCCAUCUUUCAGGUGGGACAGAAGGAAAACCAGUGUGUAAGAAGUGCAAUGGAUAUAUCAAGAAGCAUGGCCAGCCAACCUGCUGUGAGUAUUGUAACAUCAGGGCUGCUUUUAAUGGAACUAAGUGUUCAAGGUGUGAGAGCUCAGAGAGAAAGUACGGCCCACCAAUUGUCUGCGAACAAUGUAAACUGAAAUGUGCCUUCCAGAAGUCCGAUGAAUCUAAAGACAAGGUUGAUGGUAAAAUCCUUUGUUUGUUGUGUACACUGGCCUACAAGCGUCUUGUUCACAAGUCAAAGAAAGAAGGAGGGGAACUCUUACGUGGUAGUAAUAGCCACAGUCAUAAAAGAAGUUUAAAACGAGAAGGCAGUCAUCAUCGCCAUCAUCAUCAUCACUCUAAACAUGAGAAAAGAUCCAAAACAGAACAUAAUGAUGUUUCAGGAAUAGGUGGUAGUGAUGUCAAACCUCAAGGAUCAGCUGCAUCAGGAAUGGGAUGGGACAGCCCUGCCCUUGGACUGUACACUAACUCAGGAAACAGUGAUGCUGGAGCUGAGCCUGUGAUGUCAGACCACAUGGCAGAACUGACAGAACUCAAGGAACUGGUCGUAAAACUCAAGAAGCAGCUCCAACAAAAGAAUCAAGCGCUAAUCGAAAAAGAAAAGAAAAUGACUGAGCUGAAGGCUGAAAACUGGGAGAAGGAGAAAGAAUUCAAGAAAAAGAUUUUGUCACUACAAAGAGAACUUGGAGAAAGAUUAGAAGCAUUACAGAAUGACAAUCGAAAUCUUAAAAAGCAGCUAGUAGUUUCGUCAAAGUCAGGGAAGGACAAGACGUCAGACAGCUGACAUGGUGGCAUGUGAUUCGUACGUCUGCAUUCUGUAAUGUUCUUGAAUAUUUUAUCGAUUUGAUAACUUUCCAAACCAAACCAACCCAACCCAUCCCUUCCUUUCUACUUCUUUUUUGCUCAUGUCUAUCCAUUUAUUAUAUACACUGUGUGCAUACAACAAGGCAGAAAAAACUUAUGUGCAUAGUUCAAAAUAUUUCAAGAAAACAAACAUGGCUCAUUGAAAACGUCACAUCCAACACAAAAACUGAUUGAGUUUUUCAGGGAAAAGCAUUACAAACAUAAAAGUUCUACAUACAAUAAACCAAAUAUUAGGCAAUUAAUAGAUUUAAAUGCUAUUUUUUCUUCAACUUUUAAGAAAUUUGCAUUUUUGUAGCUGGUUUUAAAAUGUUUUUGAAACCAUAGGCAUUUUUUAAUAAGAAGMAGUUAACUUAGCCAGCAAAUAUUUUACCUACAACCUGUAAUUAAUUUUUCAACCAUGUUUGAGCAUACUACAAAAAAUCAAACAGCUUGAAGAAAUGUUGCCAGGAGGCUAAAAUGUUUUUAAAAUUUCAAGUAAUGCUAAUUUAUUCAAGCUUUAUUUUACUCUUUUUCAAUUAGUAUAUGUAAUAGGACUCCAUGCUGUCCAAUUAAGAAAUAAUUGGACGAGGAAAAUUCCAAGUACUUCCAAAAUUGGAUGAGGCUGUAGGCCGAAUCCAAUUUGGUAGUCAGAGGAAUUUUUCAAGUCUAAUUAUUUCUUGAUUGGGGAGCAUGGAAUCCCAUUACCUAUUAAUUAUAUAGCUGCCUAAUUAAUCCCAUAUCAACAAAACCUGUCCAAUUAAGAAAAUAAUUGGACAGUUACCUAUAUGGGAUUAAAUGAGAAGCUGUAUAAUUAUAACUUUAACCCUUUCCCUGUCAUUCUAGAGCUAGAAUUAUAUUCAUUGCUUUUAAGUCUUCAUAAAGAUGCAGAAAUGAAUGACUAUUACUACAAUUAAGAAUGCUAGCAUAAAAUUCACAAGAUUAUGUACCAAAGAAAAGUGAAAGUGAAAAUAGAUAACGAAAUAGGAAUGAAAUGAAAGGGAAAUGGGAAAACUGCAUAGCAAAUGGG